AUGAACAUGUUGUACAUAGAAGACGAUAUCUUUCACGUCACGCGUGAAGGCUACUCGUAUCUGAGUGACUCAGAAUGGGAGGUAGUCGGCCGCAUGAGUGUGCUCAUGGGCGAACCUGCCAUCAGUGGUAUGUUGGAGUCUCUAAGCAGAGACCAGCAACAUGCUGCUAUCAAGAAGUUCCUACAAGCUGAACUUGCCGUCGAACGACAGAAGAUAGCCUUGCUACAGCAGCAAGGCUCGCACCAUUCGAUGGGUGGGCCGAGCACAUGCGUCGACCCGGAACCUUGA